AAUCCACUUGGAGCGUAUGCAGCAUGAUAACGAUGAUAACAUGUCUUAUGUAAACAUUUAGUACGCAUUCAGACGAGAUACUCUCCGUCGUAGGGUACUUCAAAUCGAUGGAAAAUGGUUUUAACUUCCCCGAAAUUUUUCAAAUCCCGUAGCCUGUAUGUAUUUUUAUUUAUCGCCACCAUCUUCUUUACAACAAUCUAUUUCACAAAUCCUGUAAAAAUCUCUGCGCCUGCUGUUGGACAACUGUACACGUCAGCUAUCGCUGAAAAGAAACGCGCCGAAAAGAAGCCUGUCGAUACGGAAUCACACAAGUCAAUAUUCGACAAUUUCGAUAAUGUGACAGGUGCCGAGCAUUUUAUUGUACCCAACAUUAUACACUUCAUCCGCUUCCAAACAUUCGAGUUGAAUUUUGUCAAUUACAUGGUGCUGCUAGCUGCCAUGCGCAAUCACAAACCGGAUCAGUUUUUCUUUCACACCGAUGUGGAGGAUGUUCAAUUCACAGGGAAGUACUGGGGCUUGGUUAAACAGGACGAGGAUCUAUGGUCACGGAUUAAAGUGUUCUUUCUUGAAGCUCCCGCUGAAAUCUUCGGUCAAAAAUUGAAUGAAGGAUGGCGCUUUUACCACGGAAGUGAUAUUGGCCGAAUACAUGUUUUAAUGAAAUAUGGAGGAAUCUAUGUUGACAACGAUGCUUACGUAAUUCGUUCCUUGGAUAAGUAUCGCAAAUUUGAGUUUGUCAUAAACUGGGAUGAAAAUCAAUUCAUGGGAACUCAAGUUAUAACCGCACACAAGGACGCCCGUUUUCUUCCACUUUGGCUCGACUCUUAUAGGGAUUACCGAUCGGACAAGUGGUACUACAACGCUGGAGAACAACCCACUACUGAAAUCCUGCAUCGAAAACCAGAGUUAAUUCAUCGAGUAAAGGGCGAUUUUGGAGCUGCAGUAAAUGUUUCAAUGCAAAUUUAUUACAACCCAAAGUUUGACUGGCGCAGUUACGAUGCUCUUCACUUGCUUACGAGCCAUCGCUAUUACCUGGAUCUACAUUUUAACAAGACGCCCGUCUUCGACGAAAACAACAUACGUGAAUACGAGUACCCCAUUGGAGACAUGGCUCGCGAAGUUCUCGACAAAUUUACUGGAAUUAUUGACUGAUGAUGAAACCAUAUUUAACAAUCUCAAACUCAAAGAAUACGAAUACACUUGACUGAAUUACAAA